AUGAUGCAGAUCUUCGUGAAAACAUUGACCGGAAAAACCAUCACACUUGAUGUGGUCGCGUCAGAAACGGUUUUGGAUAUCAAAAAUAAAAUCCUAGAACGGGAAGGUAUUGAACCGGAACAGCAGCGCAUUAUAUUUGCUGGGAAACAGCUGGAAGAUGGUCGGAUUAUAUCUGAUUACAAUAUUCAGCAUGGAUCGACGAUGCAUUUGGUGCUCCGGCUUAAGGGUGGUAUGCAAAUUUUUGUGCGGAUGCUAACGGGUAAAACGAUUGCCAUUGACACGGAACCAGAAGCAACCGUUGAGAGUGUUAAGAAACAGAUUGACGAGCGUGAGGAAAUCCCCCCGAAUCAACAGCGUAUGAUUUUUGCUGGGAAGCAGCUAGAAGAUGGCCGUCAGCUACAGGAAUACAGCAUCAUCAAGGGUUCCACAAUACAUCUGGUUCUUCGGCUCAAGGGUGGGAUGCAAAUUUUUGUUAGAAUGUUAACCGGUAAAACCAUUGCCGUGGACACUGAGCCUGAGGCUACCGUGGAAAGCGUCAAGAAACAGAUCGAUGAGCGGGAGGAAAUCCCACCAAAUCAACAGCGUAUGAUCUUCGCUGGUAAACAGCUGGAGGACGGUCGUCAACUGCAGGAAUACAGCAUUAUCAAGGGGUCCACCAUUCAUCUCGUACUACGACUCAAAGGUGGCCUCUAGAUG